CAAUGUUAGAACUGCAACCAAAGUUUUGACUAAAAUUCCCCUUGACACAAAAAUCUUUGUGUGGGGACAUUUACCCCUCUGCUCUUUACACAUAAAGUGGUUAUACUCUGCAAUUUUAAAGCUUCAUUGAAUGAGAAUCUUUAACAAGGGUUGGAGGCUCACUGUACGAACGGGAGCUCAUUGAUGCUUCCUUCAAUUCUCAACUCCUUUGUUACUGGCAGCAUUCAUUGUUUUACAGACAAUAAUGUCGAGAAUAAUUGAUGAAAACCAAAACUGCUCAUCAAUAACUCUGAGAAGCUAAAUUUAUGCCGAAGCUAGUAAGUAAUAGCCAAACACACGUUAUCAGCCUGCACAGCUUUACUCCUCCUGAGUUCCACACGAUGUGAGUUUUAUCUUUCUACGCUACUAGUGUAGUUGAAGGAGGAGCUUAAGAUUUCCAUGGAUGUUGAAGCAGAGGAGAUUAAGGGGGAGGGUCUGCUUGAGCAUAUUUCCGACAAAGGACUUUCUCCGGCAUUUUCAAGGUUAAACAUGGUAAACGAUUCAGCGAGCUGCAUGGAUUGCCAGGUUAUGUCUGCUCAACAUUCGAGAUCGAAGAGUGCUACAGAUAACAAAAUGGACUCUACAAACUGGGACAUAUUAGUUGCUAAAGCUGGGAAAGCAGCUAGGGAGGCAUCAGGAAAGCCAUUGCAUCCAAAUGCCAAUAUUAAAGCAAGACUUCUACCACCAUCAGAACGACGAGCUGCAUUGGAGCAAGAUGUUGAACAGCUGCAAAUGCGCCUGGAAUAUGAAAAAUCUAUGCGAUAUACACUUGAAAAAGCCAUGGGUCGAGCUUCAAGUGCACUUUCACCAGGACACCACCAUUUCGCUGCUCAGACAAGGGAUCUACUAACAGAGAUAGCUAUACUUGAAGAGGAAGUCACUAAUCGUGAGCAACAUGUUCUUUCCCUCUAUCGAAAUAUUUUUGAUCAAUGCAUUUCUGGGGCAUCCUCUACACAAAAUUCAAAUAGAGCAUCUCCAGCGCAUGUGAAACAUGAAGACAAAAACCUUCCAAGUACAAUUUCAAAGGCGUUGUGCACACCAAGCAAGUUUGUGUACCCACAACAUCGACGCCAAUUUUCCGUUUCCACUCAAUGUUCUCAAAACACAAAUACGCAACUGCAAUCUAAGAUGAUUCAUUCUUCAGUGCUGAGUGGGCCAUUAACCAUAGAUGAAAGAAUUCAGGGUUUGCACCAGCCUUCCAAGGUGCAGGAUAUCGCAUCAGAACAAGCUGUGAGGCAUGUCAAUCCAGACGUUGAUAUUGAUGAGAAAGAAUGUGAGGUGGUUUCUCUUAAAAACCAGAAGAAUGAAGUACAUCGUACCUUAAAAGAUUAUAUCUAUGAAUCACCAAGUCGUUUGUCAGAAGAACUAGUGCGUUGCAUGGCAGAAAUUUAUUGCAAGUUAUCUGACCCACCAAUUGUACAAUCCGGGAUGAUUCUGUCACCUUCUUCAUCUAUAUCAUCAACCAGUUUAUUCUCUCCUCGUGAUGCAAUCAGUGAUGGGUGGAGCCCAAGAUGGAGAACACACUCUGUCAGUGAGACAAUUCUGAAGAAUCCCUUCAAAAUAAAAGGUGAAACCGGAAACACUGGGGCUUAUAGUUCUAUGGUUGAGGUACCUUGGAUAUGUGCUGACAAAGAUCAGUUAGCAUAUGCAACCUCUAUGCUUCAGACAUUCAGAUCUAUGGUGGAGCAUCUGGAAAGAGUUGAUCCAAGUCAGAUGCAACGGGAGUCAAAACUUGCCUUCUGGAUCAAUGUUUACAAUGCUCUGGUUAUGCAUGCAUAUUUAGCAUAUGGGAUACCCAGAAGCAGUUUGAAGAAGAUGCCUCUAUUCCAAAGGGCUGCAUAUAAAAUAGGAGGUCAUUCUAUUAGUGCCAACACUAUAGAGCAUUCCAUAUUAUCUUUUCGCACAUAUCGCCCUGCACAGUGGCUUGAAACACUACUUUCGACUGGAGCAAGGAUUAAAGCAGGCGACGAACGCCGCACUUUUGGGCGUAAAUAUGGUCUUGAUGAUCCUGAACCUCUUGUAUUAUUUGCUCUUUGCCGUGGAGGGCAUUCAGAUCCUGCGGUACGUAUUUACACUGCCAAGAAUGUGUAUGAUGAGCUGGAAACAGCCAAAAGGGAGUUCCUUCAGGCAAGUAUUGGAAUUCAGAAUCACAGACGAGUCUUUCUACCAAGGAUUCUCGAAAGAUAUGCAAAGGAAGCAUCCAUCACAUCAGCAAACUUACUUCACUGGGUGUCUGAAAAUGUAGAUAAGCAGCUGAAAACUGCUAUCAACAAAUGCAUUGAGAGAAAACCGCAAGCAAAGUCAGCACAGUGCAUUGAAUGGCUGCAAUAUAAUGGCGGUUUUCGAUACAUCUUUGUGAGGGAUUUAACGCCAGGGCUGGUGUGAUACAAAUUUAUCUCUUCUGGAUAUUGACAUGUAGUUUGCACACAGGGCACAGCUUAACAUCAUCCGAGGGUCUCUCUUCUCAACUCUUUCUGAAUUUACUGUGAGGAUGGUUCCAAGCUUCCCAACUGAAAUACGCUUAUACCGUCCAUUGGUUGGAUUCUUUGUAACAAGAACAAAUCUGCAAGAUUAAUUAAUCAAUGAUGGUAGAUGAGCUCUUCGUUUUUCUACAUAGCAGAAGGUUUUGCAACCCAUGUAUAAUAUUUUGUUCUUUUGUGACUGGCAUACAUAAUUCUGCAUGCCUAGAUGUGUAUCUGGAGACAGUGAGGUUUAUAGGAAUGGAUAUAUUCAUUGUGCAUCCAUUUGAGUUUUUCGAUUCACAGACUCAUCAUUAUUUGAGCAAUUUUACCUUGUUUGGUACAGAGUAGUCAGGGUCUUGACCAUCAAGAGUUUUCCAGAAGGUCAACGAUCCGGUAUGUCUAUUUCUAAUUGUUUUAGUUUAUCUUUAGCAAGUUCGCUGUUUCUCUGAUGUGGUCGAUUAUCGCAUCAGUUAAAAUACAAUUUAUGUAUAGAAAAGGUCUAAUUUUGUAAUUGCAUUUGGAGUAUGGACAGAUUAUGCAUAAAUGCCAGACUACUGUAUAUUCCAAGCA